AUGGCAGCCAUUCUUCUCCAGUUCCCUCGGCCGGAGCAGCAGGGCGGAGUUGCCUAUACCGUGACAUCAACUUCCUUAGGCUUAUCAAACGAUGCCAUCACCCAGAAAGCGGGCGUCAAUGUACCAAACAUACGUAUCCAAGGACAGUACGGCGAGAUCCAGGUAUUUCCACCAGCGUACCGACCAACUCAGACCAGGCUUGUCCUCAAAGAUGGAACAAUUGACUAUAAGGAAUGGCCUCAGCCAGGCCCAGGAGAGGGGAGUGGCUGGUAUAAUGGGUAUGGUUCUAGUCCAAACCCCGAAGGCCAAGGACAUGGUUUAUUUUGGGAGGCUGAUGAUGCCGGCCGGGCUUUAUUAGAAGGUCGGAAGGAGGGUUCGCAAUUGGAUUGGAGAAAAGUGUUCUGAUCAUAGAAAUCAUGGACCAGGUCAGAACCGAAGCAGGAAUCGCAUGCUCUGA